AUGAGUGAUGAGAAUUGUUUAUUUGCUUAUGUUAAUCUAAUAUGUGAUACAAUCAUGGGAAAUAUAAAAACCAGUCAUUCUUUUUUCAAAAGAAAGGUUGAUAAUGAAGAAAUUUGUGAUGAAAAUCAAGAGAUUAAACAUCACAAAGCUUCAACAAUUAAAGGAUUUGACAAUUGGAAAAAAGUUAAUGAUGGGAAAAAUGGUGCAUUCUUGAAGCACAUUCGCUAUUCACAACAAAGAAAUAAUGUUGCAUUCGCUGAAAACUUGAUGAACCAAGAAUCACACAUUGAAAAUAUUAUAGUGAAGCAAAAUGAAGCGCAAAUAUUAAAGAAUCGUUUACGAGUAAAAGCUUCGAUUGACACGGCUCGUUGGUUGACAUUUCAAGUGUGUGCUUUACGAGGACAUGAUGAAUCUCCUAAUUUCCAAAAUUGUGAAGGGAUCAUACGAGAAAGCUUCUUGGAUUUGGUUCAAGUUAGGGUAACCUUAUCAUUAACCCUGAAAACAAAUAUGAGGAGACAACUUUUGCACUAUCAGUUUGAUGUUAGUAAAAUAUGUGGCCAAGGUUAUGAUGGUGCUAGUAAUAUGAGAGGGGAAUGGAACGGAUUACAAGCACUUGUUCUUAAGGAUUUGUGUGCUUCCAGUAAGUGUCAUGAUGAGUUACAAAAGGCAAAGGCAACUAAGAUUGAACAAUUAUUGGAACUAGGUGAAAUCGAAUCAGGGGGUGUUAAGCACCCAUCAUUUGACAGGAAAGCAAUUAGCAAUGGUCGACACGAUUUUGAGCUGAGUGUUAUCCGUCUUUGUGAUGCAGCUUGGAAAGAGGUUGAUCAAAGGGCACUUCUUAUUCUCCAAUCCUCAUUAUCUGAGGAAGCUAUGGCCGAAACCCUUGGCCUGGUUACAGCCCACGAAAUCUGGAAAGCAUUGGAACAAGCUUAUAGCCAUGACUCACGUGAGAGGCUCACUACAAGGAUCGUACACUAUGCAGACGACAAUUUUGAACUUUUUCCAGACGGCUUGUCGUCUCUAAAGCCUAUACCAACAUAUGUGGUUUUGUUAUAUAUACCAUCUAAAACAAAUCCAAAAGGGAUAUUUGCAUAA